GAAGAAUAUUCAGAUGUCUGAAAGCACAAACACAGGUGCCAAAAUGAACCAGAAUCUAGUGUAUGCUGGUAAUCUCCAUAAUGAAGUGACUGAGGAAGAAUUAUUAUUGCUCUUCAACGAUUAUGAUCCUAUACAUGUGAAAAAGUAUCGGCGUGAUCAGAAAUGCUUUGCCUUUGUCCAGCUUUCUACUUCGGAUGGUGUCUUGCAAGUGAUCCAAAAGCUAGACAAGACUAUGUUCAAGGGCCGCUUGUUAAUUGUGCGUGGAUAUGACCAAGAAUUUAACAAAUGCCCUGAUUUUACCAAGACCGCUAGAACAAAUCAGGACUGUGAGUCUGCGUCUGCAAUCUGUAAAAAUAAAGAUUCUAGAAGGGAAGAAAUAUCUUCCACUACAAAUCUGCCAUGUGACAUAACAAAGAAAGAAAAUAUCCCUAACUCAGAAUUAAAUGGAACGCAAGCCCUGAGCAACUUAAAAGAACUCCGAGCAGAAGCGCAAAUAUUUGUUUCCAAUAUUCCAUAUUAUAUGUCAGAGGUGGAACUUCACAAUUUAUUUAAGGAGUAUGAUGCAGAGUGUGUGCAAAAACUCCAGCGGGAUGUAAAGUGUUUUGCAUUUGUGAAGUUACGUUCCUCCGAGAAAGUAGAGUUGGCCAUCAGCAAGAUCAACGGUACUAUUUGCAAAGGGCGCCAGUUGUUGUGCAGAAACAACACGUUUCAAAGGAGCAUCCAGAAUUCUUCUGUGUCUUCAGAGGACAAUAUUUCAUUGCUGGGUUUGAAAGAUGCUCCUGAGAUUGCAACUUUGGAAAAUGGAGUCUUUGACAAUACAAAGGCACCUGGGGACCGGCAAAAAGAGGAGAAAUAUUUUGCGGACCAGCGUCAGCCAGAGAUAAAACCCAAUGCAGGUGCCAUGGAGAAAGAGAUCUUUGUCUCUAACCUUCCAGAAAGUCUUACGGAGGCGGAGACUUCAACUCUUCCUGAACACCUUGAACCUGUAUGUGUUUUGAAACAGGAUGACGUCCUCUGCUCUGCAGUUGUGGAACGGAUUGCCCCACAAAGUGUUUCCCUGGAUGUAGAGCAGCAAAAUGGAACUAUCUUUAAUGUACACCAGCUCACUGUGCAGUCCAUGAGCUCUGACAAUGAGCAGCAACCAGAAAAAUCUUCAGUCCUACCUGGCCCCAUGCCGGAGCUGGAAUAUGUGCCAUCUGACUCAGCUGAAGACUUGGAGCUUUACUUUAACAAGUUUUCGCGCGUCCUUACUGGUCCCUGGCGUGAGAACUCAAUCCACAUCAUUCCUCUGGAGAUGAGAAAAUUAUUCCUAACAAACAUGCUAAGAGAUUGCUGUACAGACAUGAGCUGGCUUGCGGAUAUGAGGCAUGUGAGUGGGGAAGUAAAGCUUCUAGUGACCAAUGUCUACCUCCAGUCACCAUACUUCUGGGCAGUGCUCAUGAAUAAGGAUAUUUUAGCCCAUAUUACAAACUUGCUUUACAUGAUAGAGAUGCAAAAUGAUCAGCUGCCUUACCUCCCCAAGGAAGAUGUGCAACGAGGGACAAGGUGCCUUGCUCAGUGCGUCAUUUUUAAUGAGGAAGAAGCCGUAUGUAACAGGUGCUGGGUGGUAGAUGUUAUUCUUGAUGUUGCAAUAGUCUAUUUAUUGGAUUAUGGCAUCACAGCCAAUGUUUCUAUACAGUCUCUGCGCCGAUUAGAUAAGGAUCAUUUUUGGGAAACACCUCCUCUGGCUCAGCCGUUUGUUUUACAGAAAGGCUGUGACUGCAUUCAUUUUCUUGGAACCAUCAUCACUGGUAAAAUCAGCGGAUCAUGCACAAAUGAGCCCCUUAUCUUGCUGUUCUCUAAGAGUGGGGAUGAAGAAACUGUGGACGUCCCUCUGCUUCAGGCUCAUGCUUCCAGUCUCUAAUCAUCUAAUGGACUCUGUCAUGAACUUCAAUUAGGCCACAGUAUCGGUUUUGCU